AUGGGGGAUCAGAGCACCCUGCAGGCCGUGGCGGACGCGCCUUUCCCCUUGACCGAGGUGGACAAAUGGGUGCUUUCGCAGUCGGACGAGGAUUACAAGCUACACGAUUGGGACGACCUCAAGCACAUUAUCGACACAAAUGAUCUUGGUGUUUUGAAGAGAAAGCCCUCGGAUCUCCGCCGCUACAUUGCCUGGACUGCAGAGACCAAGGCCAAGUACGGCACUAUAACUGAAUUCAUCCUCCAGAACCGUCUACCCAAGGCAUGGGGCCUGCCACCUUUCACACCCGAGUCCCAAGUCCCCUUUACCGCUGCGUCGGACUACAAGGUCCUGUUGAAUGACUGGCCCUAUGGAUUGGCUCCAGGAAUCACGCACAUCGUUGUGUGGUCUCGCACCCCGAUUCCUACCGACCCUGAGUCGGGAGACUUGACGGCUGAGAGCAGAGCCCGGGUGGAGAAGUUUGUCAAUGACUACUUUAUUAGAAAACUAGGGCUUGGGGGAGAGCAGCAGGUGCUAUGGUUCAAGAACUGGGUUGCUCUGCAGAGCGUGAGGACUCUGGAGCAUUUCCAUGUGCUGGUCCGGGAUGUUGAUGAUGAUAUGCUGGAACGCUGGACGGGAGAGCGGCCUUGACGGGAGUGAAGAAUGAAUUGAUAGACGUUAGACACCUGCUUUUUUGCAUAUUUCCCCAGCCUUUUGAAUAGAACACGCCCGAAUAGAUCCGUACAUGGCAUCUAAGCAGUCCUUCGUGAUCGACGGUUCCCCUGCGGUGCAGCAUUGCCGGCGUUGCCAGUAUCCUGCAUUUGGGCCAGCGCAUUCUUGCCCAUGCCCAAGAGUCCAUAGCCCAGGUAGGCGCCGUAGGCAGGGACCACGGCAAAUAAGAGCCAGCCCCAGUUUCCAAAGAGGAUGACGGAAACGAGGGAUGCCCAUGUCACCCAGAUGACAUCAAACAUGUACUCCGUCAAGCCGGCAGCCGCCAGAUCCUCUCCCGACGUCUUGAGGGCCCCAGUUGCGGCAUCGUAUUUGGGUCGACCGGACGUUUCCAAGAUGUAUUCGCAGACGAAGCUCGGGACGGAGAGGAGGCCGUAGACGAGGAGAGACCGGGACCGGAGCAGGAAGUGGGAGAGCAGGAAAAGCACGUGGACGACGAGGGACCCGAUGUGCAGGUUGUUUAGAGACGCCGCGUUGGACUUUGCGCGGUCCUUUUUCGCUUUCUGAGCCAUUGUGUGAAUUGUUCAAUUUGGUGUUGAAUGGCGCAGGAUCUUGCAAAUGGAAGCUUUUGGUGAAAUCUGGUAUCUU